GUUUUUUCUUUUCUUUUCUUAUUUUCUAGCCCUCCAUCUACAAGAUACGGAGAUCACCCUUCUAGCUUUCCCCUCCUUGUGGGUGUCAUGGACGACGGUCGCUAAUGAGAAAACAUGGCAAAGCAUAUGGCAGAUCAACUAUUACUCCGGUGGUCUUCCCCCGCGAUUCACAGACCAACACACGGUGAAAAAAUGCAGUGUUGGGAAUGCUUCUCCAUCGUACCUGCGGCAAUUUCUUCCCUAUUUUAUUUGCAAUUUCCCCUAUUUUACCCUCCCUUAGUUCCUCCCUUCUUUCCUCUUCAAUUCUUUCUAGUAUUCUUUUUCUUUUUGCCUCCAAAUGCAAUUGACGGGUUAGGAGAGGAACUAAUUCACCGAGCCUAAAUGCUAGAAACUUUUUGGAUCUAAAUUGAACGAUUUGUUGUCUUCUGUGUCACACCAUGCUUCUAUCUCAGCCAACUGAGGAAUAGCCAUUAAAGACUUUUUUUAUGGUUCAACUCUCGUCAUCCCGUUACUGGGGCCAAAAGGGGUGUCAACCUUCUGGUGAAGACAGCAUAGCAGAUGGCGAUAUGCUUUUUGAGAUGAAUAGGGAGGGCGGCGGCGGCCUCCUAGCCAUAUCAAUAGACCUGGAAUGGCGGAAGAUAGAAACAAAUGAAAGAAGAAAAUCAGGAAAGAAAAUGAAAAGAAAAAACAAACAAAAAUUGAAAACCAAUAAAAACAGGCCAUGUGUUCCGUUUACCUGCUGGAUAGGUUUAUUCAGGUCACCCACUUGUUUUGAGAAGAUAUCCCUUAAAAACAGGCCAUGUGUUUUUAGAUUAUUUAUGUGAUUUUUUCCUAAGCAAUAAGACUAACAGAAUAUCUUCUAAGAAUAUAGUAUUGGGACGACGGAUUGAAAAUGAAAGAUAAUUAGUUUGACGACG